GAAAUAUCAGGUCUUUAGCAACGUAAGACAUUUUCUAUUCAACAAUUAUAUCGUGGCAUGGUUAACGUUGGGUUUCGAAUUCAGGAGUAAACAGAUCAUUCGACCAUGGCGGUAUGCGUGCCCUCCUCAGACGACUUCGCUGAGCGCUUCGUUCCCCUGAAGCUCUCGUCAGGCCGUGUUCACCCAUAUCUUGUUUAUGGCACCGGUUCCAAGCACGGUGAUACUAGUCGCCUGACUACUCUGGCUCUGAAAAAUGGCUUCAGAGCCGUCGACACGGCCAACUAUCCCACAGCCUAUGACGAAGCUCUCGUAGGAGACGCUGUUCAGGGAGCUUUGAAGUCAGGUCUAGCAAGAGACGACCUACUCAUCCAAACCAAGUUCACGCCAUCGUGGGCCCACGCUGAGGGAAAGCUUUCCUACGAGGUCUGCCAGCCUCUAGAGGCCCAAGUCCACGAGUCGAUCGAGAAAUCCUUCCAGCACUUGAAGGUAGAUCGCAUCGAUAUCCUGCUAUUACACGCUCCGUUCAAGGAUGAUCAGGACAAUAUCCUUGCUUGGAAGGUGUUCGAAACCUUCGUUCCAGACCGCAUUGGUGCGCUGGGCGCGUCUAACUUCUCCCUUCCUGCCUUCGAGAAGUUGUAUGAUGCCGCCAAGGUGAAGCCGCAGAUCGUUCAGAAUCGCUUUGACGAGGACAGCGGGUACGAUAUCGGGCUGCGCGCAUUUCUGAAGCCAAGAGGUGUUAUAUAUCAGACCUUCUCGCUCUUGAGAGGGAACAGAGAGUUGCUCGCCUCAGGCGUUGUAGGACGCCUCGCGACGCAGUACUACAUCCCAAAGGAAGUAGCACUCUGUCUGCUCACGCUGGGCUUGGGUAAUUUGUCGAUUGUAAAUGGUACCACCGACGAGGAGCAUAUGAGAAUUGACGUCGAGACCAUUGAUAGGCUUUUAGGGGACGAGGAUGCUGUCCUCGUCCUAAAGUCGUAUAUGCAGGAUUUUGAAGACUUGAUCAAGGAGAUCGGUUGCCGAGUUCUUGAACGGUCUGCCCUACUUACCUAGACAGCUCGCGUGUAUCUAUUAAUACCUUAUGUAGAACAGCUCAGUUGUGGAUAUUCUCGCUUGUCUCACUUGGAUAUCUGUUCAAGAGACAACGUAUUAACCAUUCCACUACACGCC